UUCAAGACGAGUAAAUGUACACACAAUGUCGGGAUCGGGAUACCAAAUUAAUAUUGUUUUAGUGGUUUGGUGAACAUUUCUAGAGAUAUGUGUUUUUAUAGAUCUUAAUAUAUUUUAAUGAAAGUAUAUAAGUGUAAUUUUAAUCUCCUUAGAGUUUAAAGUAAUUUUUAGUUACGUUGCUUCCUGCAUUAUUGUUGUUUCCAAAAUGGAUGAUGUCGGCAGUGAAAUUGGUCAGAAAAUGCGGUCGGCCAUUAAGGCCAAGCUGACAGAAUUGGGCUGUUACGUUGAUGAUGAGCUCCCUGACUAUGUUAUGGUGAUGGUGGCCAACAAGAGGACUCGGGCUCAGAUGGAGGAUGACCUCCAGCUGUUCCUCGGAGACAACACUGAGCUGUUCGUCAAUUGGCUCCAUCAGGUGUUGAAGAAACUACAAGAAGUCACCGUUACUGCUCCACUCAAAACCGUUGAGAAAGAGAAAAGCAAAGAGCGAUCAAUAUCCAAAGAACGCAAGUCUAAAGAAAAAAAGGAUAAGAGCAAAAAAGGUGAAACUGUUAAGAAAUCUAAAAAGAAGGAUAAGGAGAAAAGUCACAAAAAGAAAGAAGACAAAAAGAUACACAAAAGCAAGAAAAAGAGUAAACAACAUGAAAUGAUUCGACCUAAUAUCCCUCCACUAUUGAUGAAUAUGGAGAAAGAAUCUGAACCUUCAAUUACUGAUGUUUUUGCUGGUCAAAUUCUCAAAAAUCAUGGAAUAAGUUUAGAUGUUCUGAAAGAUGAAAUAAAAAUUGUUGAUAAAAAGCCUAUCUUAAAAGAAAUUAAGAGGCCAAUACUACCUAUAAUAGAUCCAGCAACUAUAUCAUCGCAGAUUGAGCCUGCAUCCUCACAGUUUUCAGAAGUGGAGGUUGCUCAGGGUGAGCCUACACGCAAAACAAGUGUAUCAUCGACAGGAGCGCCACGAGAAGAACAAAUUAAGGAAAUUAAUGAAAUAGAAGCUAAAAUCCAAGGGCUAAAGCAGAAAUUAACAGAACAAUUAGAUUCAAUGUCGGACGAUGAAGAUUUCUUGAAUAUUAGGACAGAAGCUGAGGAGUUAAUGAACGAUUUUGCUGAGGAUGUUUUUCAGGAAAUAUCAUCGAAUGCGCCAGUCGCUACUCCCCCACUAGUCACCCAAAAAUCCAAGUCCCCUUCUCCACCCAAAAUCAUAGAAGUCUCUAAACCUAAACCCCUAGAUCCCAUAGAAACAUUACCACAAAUAGAGCUGAAAUUACCCAAGAGACCUAUUCGAGAACGCCUGGGUGCCAGAGAUGACAAGAAGACUGCGGAGAAAAAGGAAACUAAACGGAUAGAAAGUCCUGAAAGGCUUACACCAGAAAGAGAACCAGAGUUUCGGCCACAGAAAUCGGCUAAGAGUCGCCUCAGUGAUCCUCCGGAGAAAAGGGCUUCCAUAUCAGAUGAUAACACUUCAGACAAGUCGGAAUCCAAAAGGAUUACUUCAAAGGUGUCAGUGCUGGAGAGCCGGGCGCGCCGCGCGGCGUGCGCGAGCGUGGUGCGCGUGCGGCCGCGGCCGCGCGUGGGCGCGCCCGCCUCCAGCCUGCUGCUGCGCGCGGUCGCGGACGCGCACAAGAGUCUGCUCAAUAUUCCACCAAAAGUAGAAUCUGAGCCUCCGAAGGUGAAGCGAGCACUAGUUCUGCCAAUGCGGCGAUGUGUGGACGCGCAAAAGAUCGUGAUACAGGUGCCAGGGGCGGACAUACAGACAGACAACAAUAGCGACAACAUCAGCUUGGAAGUGGACAGCGAAGACGACAAGAGCUCGAAAGUGACAAGCGAGACUGAUAAAGAAGAAUACGUCCCGUCUCCAAUAACGAAGAAGUUCAUCAAUAACGAGUACGUCCCAUCCCGGCGGCCGGAGAGGACGUCUUGUCGGAAAGAUGACACGCUCAUCAUAGAGACACUGAACAUUCACAACCCAACAGUCGAUAAGGACAAGAACACGCAGUUCAUCGUCACUAUGGACGGCUUUGAUCCCAACGCUUUCCUAGCCAAGAAACUUUUAACAGAAGGUCUCAUAAACGACGAGGAAGAAUUGAAAGAAUUAAAAAAUAAAUCGAAGGAAUCUUCUUUUGUAAAAACUAAAGAAAAAGAUAAACCUAAAGAAAAUACUCAAGAGACUGACAAAAACAAUGAGAAAUCUAGUCCAAACCAGAAGAAGCGAGCCAGUGACGUAAGUGAUGACAGUGGAACUCAAGUGAUUAUUAACACACAAGAGAAAGAAACGCGGAAAUGUGAUAUAAAAGAGGAAAAAGAUAGAGUUGUAGAGAAAAGGAAAAUUAAUAUUAAAGUGGAAAAGGAUGAUAGUCCGGUCAAGAGGCGGAAAGCGUCGCCAAUAGUGUUUGAUGUGGGCAAGAAAGAGAAAGAAAAGGAGGCGGAGAAAGAAGAAAGAGUAGAGAGAACAAGAGAGCGGACUGAGAGUGCAAGCAGUGACAACCAUGUGGUAGUGACCACGACUGGCAGCUCACAUAAAUAUGAUUCGUUGCCGCCAUUAUCGACGGCGGUGCCUCAAGGGGAUCGCAAGCCGGCGUGGUGCCGCUCGUUCCCGCUGUGCCGCUACGGGCCGCAGUGCGCGUUCCAGCACCCGCGCUGCAAGUUCGCGGCCGCCUGCACGCGGCGGGGCUGCGCGUACUCGCACAAUCUCAACGCGCCCACCUCGCCCACCACACCGGUAUUAGCCUCUCACGUGGUCCCAGCAGCGAACUACAAAACCAUAUCUCCGGCAGCCCUGCCCAGUGUUUGCAAGUUCUACCCGAACUGCGUCAACCCGGCAUGUCACUUCUACCACCCUAAACCGUGCCGCUAUGGAAAAGCUUGCCUUAACAAAUUAGAAUGUAAUUUCUAUCACAGCGAUCUCCCGAUAUCAAAAUAUCGCUAUCCUGUAUAAGUAUUAUAGAAGCUACUUUAUUGAUAUAGUCAUAGUUUUAUGUAGAAUAAUAUAAUUAUUCAACAAAAUA